CCCGUGAUGAACAAGUCUAACGCUACCAGAUGUUCACAUGUCAUCUUGAAUUUAGAAGACAUCUGACAUGUAUGCUCAUCCUUUUCUCUAGCACAGCUGGUCACUUCCCACCGCAUCCGCGUACCGUUGGGCGGCAGCGGGGUGAAGGACAGCCGCCGCGCUCCCUCCGCCCUCCGCUAUUGGCCAGCGCGCAGCCGGUUCAUUAUUUUAGUCUCACGGAUGCGAGAGACGCACCCGCUCGGCGCUCACUACCACACGCACUCCGCCCGGAUGAAAGAGAUGCUGCUACUUUCUCCUGAGUGAGAUCCACGUGAAGUCGCAGAAGAUCGCAGAACUUCGGGUUUAUCGCGACUGGAGAGACCUGUUACUAAAGCAGAGGGAAGCGAUGGCACAUGCAUGAGAGCGUCCGAGCGGCUCCCCGGUUUAGUUGGGGACGCAGACGAGCAGCGCAACGAUGAUGGGACGCUUUGGAAAGAAGGGACGUUACACUUGCGUUGGCUUUCUCGCGGUCCUCGUUUUCCUGCUGCCCAAUGCGAUGGCUCGAGGGUCACGUGAUGGUCUCUCUGUGAUGUCUGGAACACUGCCUCACUUCCUCCAAGAGCCUGACGAUGCGUACAUCGUGAAGAGCAACCCCAUCAAGCUAUGUUGUCGUGCACGACCCGCUCUCCAGAUCUUCUUUAAAUGCAACGGGGAAUGGGUGCAUCAAAACCAACACACGUCAUUGGAGCAUACUGAAUUGGGAACAGGGCUGAAGAUCCGUGAAGUGAUGAUAAAUGUUUCCAGACAGCAGGUGGAGGACUUCCAUGGGCCAGAGGACUACUGGUGUCUGUGUGUGGCAUGGAGUCAUUUGGGUACCUCCAAGAGUCGCAAAGCCACUGUCCGCAUCGCAUAUCUGAGGAAGAAUUUUGAACAGGAGCCGCAGGGGUUGGAGGUGCCAAUCAACGGCAUGAUCGUUCUCCACUGCCGCCCACCAGAGGGAGUGCCUGCAGCUGAGGUGCAGUGGCUGAAGAAUGAAGAACCGGUGAGUUCUCUUGACGACGUCAACAUUGACACCCGUGCCGACCACAAUUUGAUCAUCAAUGAAGCAAGACUGUCCGACUCGGGAAACUACACCUGUCUGGCUAGUAACGUUGUUGCUAGGAGACGUAGCGCUACAGCGACCGUCAUCGUGUUUGUGAAUGGUGGGUGGUCAUCCUGGACUGACUGGUCAGAAUGUAACGUUCACUGUGGGAGAGGAGUUCAGAAGCGAACGCGAACCUGCACUAACCCUGCACCGCUGAACGGAGGGGCUUUCUGUGAGGGAAUGUCCGUUCAGAAGAGCAGCUGUACCUCGCCCUGCCCAGUGGACGGUGGCUGGGCGGAGUGGACCGUUUGGUCUGUUUGUAGUUCUGAAUGUGAGAGGCAGCGUACAAGAGAGUGUACGGACCCGGAGCCCAAACAUGGAGGCAGAUUGUGUGAUGGAGCCGCCCUAGAUACGGAUAACUGCACCGGAGACCUUUGUAUACAGGACAGGAAGCUGCUCCACGACGUGAAGGUGCCUCAAGCUGAAAUGGAGACCAAUAAUGAUGUCGCCCUUUACUCCGGUCUGGCUGCGGGUGUGGUUACCGUGGUCAUGCUGGCCGUUGCGGUAACGCUUUACAGGCGGAACCAAAGCGACUAUGGCGUUGAUGUCAUCGACUCAUCUGCGCUGACUGGAGGAUUUCAAUCGUUCAGCUUUAAAAGUGCAAGGCAAGGUAACCCUCUGUUAAUGAACUCCUCCAUGCAGCCCGAUCUGACCGUGUCACGGACUUACACCGGCCCCAUCUGUUUUCCCGACUCCAUGGAGAAAGAGCUCAUCCCUGAACCUGCGCUGUUUGACCCCCUCCCUGACCUCAAGGUCAAAGUUCACAGUUCGUUCAUGGUGUCCCUGGGUGUGUCAGAGAGGGCGGAGUACCAUGCAAAAGCCCCUUCCCAAACCUUUCCUCGUGGUGUGGUGCAGGACGUGGGAGGGGGAGUUGGCACGCUGGGUGGGAGGGGGAGGAGUCAGCUGAACCCCGCCCAGGCAACCCUGGUUUCCAGUACGUGUAAACGACCGCUUAGGACCAGCGGUGUGUUCGGGCACAGCGGUGGGCGACUGGUAGUCCCCAAUACAGGUGUGAGUUUGCUGGUGCCACAAGGCGCGAUCGAAGAGGACACAACCUGGGAGCUGUACAUAAGCAUUACCCAGCAGGCCUCCAGUUCUUUGUCUGAUGAAGGUCAGGAGAUUCUUCUGAGUCCAGAGGUAACAUACGGCCCACCUGGCCUGACUCUUUCCUGCCCCGUUGCCUUGACGAUAGCCCACUGUGCAGAUGUGAGUUCGGAAGACUGGAGUAUUAAGCUCAAGAGACAAACCCAGGACAACAGCUGGGAGGAGGUAAUGGCUGUGGAAGCGGAGAGCACCUGUUGUUACUGCCUGUUGGACACUCAGUGCUGCCACCUGUUGGUCGAGAGACCAGGGUGUUACGCUGUAGUGGGAGAGGCCCUCACUCAGACAGCCGGGAAGAGAAUCCGACUGGCUGCGUUUGGAAACAUGGAGCCAAACUUUCUAAACUAUAGCAUUCGAGUGUACUGCUUGGAUGAUACACCCCAUACCUUUCAGGAGGUGGUAUCACUGGAGCGAGGUCGAGGUGGCCGCCUACUGGAGGAACCCAAGACCCUUCUCUUCCGAGCGAACUCUUUUAGUCUGCAGGUUUCCAUCCAAGACAUCCCCCAGUUCCUCUGGAGCAUCAAACCUUUUACCACCUGCCAGGAAUUCACCUUUUCUCAGGUGUGGUGCAGUAACCAGACUCCUCUGCAGUGUGCCUUUUCUCUGGAGCGCUACAGUCCAGCAGCCAAUCAGCUCUCUUGUAAGAUCAGUGUUCGGCAGGUCAAAGGUCAUGAGCAGAUCCUGCAAGUCUACACCACCAUUGCAGAGAGCGAAAAAGACACCGUGCCAUUCUUCACCCAAUCAGACUGUACCGUCUCCUCCCAGACGGGGUCCAGGGCCUUCAAAAUCCCCCUUUCCAUACGGCAGCGGAUCUGUGCGACCUUUGACACAGCCAACGUCAAGGGCAAAGACUGGCAGCUUUUAGCGCAGAAACUCCACAUAGACAGGAACCUCGGUUAUUUUGCACGCCAGGCGAGCCCAUCCGCUGUAAUUCUGAGUUUAUGGGAAGCCCAUCAUCAGGACAGAGGCGAUCUGGACUCUUUGGCCAGCGCUUUAGAGGAAAUCGGCAAAAUUCACUCUAAACACUCAACCAGCGUGGACACUCUGGACUGCAUCAGCAAAACUCACCCUUCCAUCGACUCCAUAACCAUAACCCGAAGCAGUGAGGAACUAGACACGGACCACACCUAAGAACUGUUUUUUGGGAAUAUGAAGUAAAAUACAGUUCUGAGGAGAACAUAAUGAGAGGGGAGGUGGCACUUUAAGAGGUUGCCCCACCCUUUCAAACGGUUGCUCCUCCCCUUUCUUGACUGACACAAACAGGGUGUUUUAAAUGGGAUGUGACCAAAUAGACAAGCUACAGUGAUGCACAGAAACACAUAUCCACGUGGUAUUCUUAUAAAUUACUCAUAAACGCAUCAGAACAAACGGAAAAGUACACUGAGCCUGUCUGGCGAAAUUUUGGGUGUGCUUUCGCAACAUUAUUUGUUUCGGUAGAGACGAAAUGAAUGAGGCUUAAAAGUCUAAAUGUUGACUUGCAACCACAGGGUUGUGCAACUUGGACUGCGUGACUAGACCGGGCUGCCUCAAUGCUUCAGAGUGUGUCGUCGUUUUUGUGGGACACGUUUUUUUGCGUAUUUCUGUUUAAAACCAAAAUGGUUGUCUGCAUUUCUGAGUACCUUUCUGAUUGCAAAUAGAUUAAAAAAGAAAAAUCACCUGUAUUAUUGAAUACUAUUAAAGCUUGUUGGAUAGCAACCAGUUGAAGCUGAAGGGUAUAAUGAUACAUGACAAAAAUGUUGCAGCCUUUAAAAAUAUGCAAUUAUGUUGUUUUGAGGAAAGAACUACAAAGAACGAGACAAAAGAAAUUAAUGUUCAUCACACUUGUUUUUUGAGGAAAAGUCGGUUCAUUCAUUCUGACAGCUGAUUGGUCAGAAUACUUUUCUAGCACCUAACGCAUUCUACCAUCUGUCUCUCGCAAUGACAAAUGAUGGACAACUGUGUCAGAGAUUUCCAACACCCAUUUAAAUCCAAUUCUUUAUUUCAUAACUCUGCAAAACAACUGUGGAGAUACCCGCUCAAGCAAGAGGAGUGACAUCACCUGUCCAUAUGUAAUUUUCAUCCUUUUUUGUUUCAUCUGAAUACAUCCAGAAUCAGAUUUUGCCUUCAUGUUGUCUAGAUGGGAUGAAAAUCUGAAAGCAUUUUAAAACACAUUGCCCUCCCAGAUAUGCUAAUAGGUUCACAAGCAGACAUACAUAAUAUAAUGUAUUAAAGAAUAAGGUGUAUCUGCAAGCACGUCUCAUCCAAGGUAUGAAUAUCAUCCACGUCGCACAUCACUUUAUCUGAGUGUGAAAGAUGAGCUGCCGGGAUACAGUAUGUGUGAUGCAAAUGCUUUAUUACCAUAUAAUUGUGUGAAUAUGUGAUGAAAUAGUCUGUUGCAUCAGGGUAUGAAGGAAGAUAGAUUGUGCUUUUUGAUAUGCUGAAUUAUUAACAAAACCUUAUGUGUCAAUUCUAAAGUACGCCAGCAGAGUGCAAAUUGAGGGUGAUUUGACUGUCAGGACACUGGUCCGACACAGAUUUAGAGACAGAAUCUGCAAGGGCACUUGAAAAAGUGAAAUACAAAUCCAAAAUGGUUUACUGGGAACGGGAACACAUUGUUAUAAAUUUUGAAGGGUGAGAAAAUGAGAGCGAGACUAAUAUAUGUUUACUUUAUUCAGAUAUUAUGUACGUGAUGGACAGCGUGUUAUCUUCUAGAAGGCUAUCAGUGAAGACAAAAGCAUUAAUCAUGUGUUCUUUUGAGAGAAGAGUUAGUGAGUAAAUAUGAAUAAAUUAUUAUUAUUUUAUUAGCAGUGAAAAAAAUGUUUUAUUCC